AUGCCGGGUUCCCGGCCCAAGCGGCACGCGCCAGCCACCCGCACCCCGCACAGGGUCGGUCCCCCCCACGCCGCCCGCCAGCGGCUGGAGUGGGCGGCCUGGACCGCCCUGAACCUGGGGGCCACCCUGGUGACCGCCCUCCUGCUGCGCACGCUGCCGGGCGAGGACCGCACGCUGUUCCUGCUCUACUACCAGCCCCUGAUCCCCGCGCUGGCCAUGCUCUGGUUCUGGACCGUCGCCGUGUGGCACUGGGAGCGGCGAGGCGUGCGCUACGCGGCCUGCUUCUCGCCCGAGGACGCGCGGCACCUGCCAGGCAGCGCCGUGCUGUUCCGCGCCGGCACCGCCCUCUCCGCCGUCACCACCCUCUCCGGCGCGGUCUUCCUGUACCAGCUGGCAGAGGGGCAGCGGGGCGCGGCAGCCCUCCAGCCCCCGCUCAUGUAUAGCAGCCUGGCCGUGGCCCUCCUCUGGCCGGGGCCCGGUUUUCAUGGGGACACGCGCCGCUUCUUCGCCAGGACGCUGACGCGCGUGGCGCUGCCCGUCCACGCCGUCUCCUGGGCCGACUUCUUCCUGGCCGAUGUGGCCACCAGCCUCUCCAAGUCGGUCGGCGACGGGGCGCGCGCGCUGUGCGCUGUGGCGGCCGGCCCUGGCGCAGCCUUCGGCUCCGGCACCUGCGGCGAGAGCGGCGCGCUGGCGCCGCUGGGCUCGGCCCUGCCCUACGCCGUCCGCCUGGUGCAGUGCGUGCGCGUCUUCCGCGACACUGGUGCGCGGUCGCAGGCGUUCAACGCCGUCAAGUACGCCACCGCCUUUCCGGCCAUCGCGCUGGCCGGGGCGGCCGCUAGCGUGGGGCCCGAGCUCUGGCUCACCACGCUGCGCCCGCUCUGGGUGGGCGCGGCUGCGCUCAACGCCGCCUACUCCUACUUCUGGGACCUGGAGAGGGAUUGGGAGAUUGGCUUCUUCUCCCAGAUGGAUGUCCAGAAGACAGCCCUGCCCAGACCGGUGCUGGCCUCCCCGGCCAUGUAUCCCCGCGCCGUCUACCUGUACUUGAUGGCCUCCAACCUGGUGCUCAGGCUGACCUGGAUCUACAAGCUGUCUGAUGGCCUCAGGGCAAAUGCCUUGGUCGUCUCCUUCUUUGCCCUGCUGGAGGUGUUCAGACGCUUCCAAUGGAUGUUCGUGCGGGUGGAGGUGGAGCUGCGCAAGCUCCAGAACCAGAAGCCGGAGCUGGGCAGCCUGAUGGGGCACGACGGGUCGGCCGCGCUUUCCAGCCCCAAGCCCGGGGCGGCGACGCCGACGCACCCGUUCCACACCCACGAGCCCAAACUGUGA